AUGAAAGAACAAGAAGAACCAGAAGUCAUGAGGUCCCAGGAGAAAGCUUAUUUAGUACUACAUGACUGUCAGCCUCCAACUUACCACUUUCACAGUGCUGGACUGAAGCACCCGAAGCACGUGACAGACUCGUUCAACAGAGGUCGUCUAGGAAACCAGAUGGGAACAUUUGCAACUUUAUAUGGCUUAGCUCGCCUUAACAAUAGAAAACCUGUUCUUCAGCCAUAUACUGCCACGUAUGUUAGUAGGUAUUUUAAUAUAUCUGUAACUGCGACUGAGAGUCUCUCUGAAAGUAACUAUAGCCUUCCUUCAUAUAAUAUUCACAGAUAUAUACGUUCAAGUGAUGUUUCAAUACCUAAAAAAGCUGUUAUUUUGAGAGGACAUAAAACCCCAAACUCACCAACAUUUUAUGAUUUUGUUAGAUAUGAAAUAAAACAAGAAUUUCGGUUCGUUGAUCCAAUUGAUCGUUACGCCGACUCGAUGUUACAUAAAAUACAACAAACACACCCACAGGUAGAGACAUUUGUUGGAGUUCAUGUCAGGAGAACAGAUAUGAAUAAGGUAUUAUUAAAGUACGGUGCCUCACUUCCAGGUAGAGAUUUUUUUAAUAAGUCUAUGAAUUACUUUCUGUCUAGAUAUAGAAAUGUAACUUUCAUUGUCGUAAGUGAUGACCGGAAAUGGUGCAAGGAAAACUUGAAACACCCUAAUGUAGUCAUUGCUCCAAGUCCACCAUCUCCUGCUCACGAUAUGGCAGUAUUGUCCAAGUGUAACCACAGCAUCAUAACAAAAGGGACAUUUGGACGCUGGGCAGGAUACUUAGCUGGAGGAGAAACUAUUUAUUUUAAACCUUUUCCUCCGAAUCACUAUUAUCUGAAGUUAAAUCCAUAUGAAUUGAUGUACGUUCCUGAAUGGAUUGGCAUGUCAUGACUCCUUUAAUUCACAUUUACUUUCAGUGUUGUCUUCUUAAGUAAGCUUAACGUUUGGCAAUUCUUUAGUUGGUUGGCAGUUUAUAAAUUAUAAAGUUACAAAACAUUAUUGUAAAGAUCAAAAACAAUUACUU